GGGACUCGACACCUUCUUCAAUCAACAGCCAUGGAUGUAGCCUUUCGCAAGAUCGACAUCGACGCUUUCGACGAUGAAGUCCUACGUGAACCUGAUCUUUAUGAGGAAGAUCCUCGCGGUCCUGCUCAAGCUCUAGAUGAGGCGAAGCAGAAGCAGGUUGCAGUUCGAAGCGCACUGGCAAGGAACGAUAUUGUCGAUGCUCUUUCCAUAGUCUUAGACAAUCCGCCAUACGGACCCAAUGUUGAGGAAGCUAAGAAUGUAUCCCUUCAAAUUCUUUUAACCAUUCUGAAUACGACAAAAUCGACCGAGAUUUCGACUGUCAUAAAAUCUCUGUCAAUGGAUGCACGAGAUAUUUUAAUGAAAUAUCUAUACAAGGGCAUGGGUAAGCCUGGAUGGGGAGAUAUCAGUGGAAGUGUUUUGCUUGGAUGGCACGAGAAGCUGACAGAAAUUGCUGGAACCGGAUGUAUAGUUCGAACGAUGACCGAUCGCAGGACAGUGUAACGAGGGUGGAUCUUGGGCAAAUAAUCGUGCGGUUAUAGAGAAUAACCUUUUCUCAUAUUCCACUAUAGUAGGUCCGAAGGGAUUUUAAUCUUAUAUCCAUUGCAGUAAGAUGACAACAACGCCCCCUUCUCGUGUACUAGUACUGGAAGUGUGCACGCUUGCGAAUUGGCAGGUGUAGACCACAAGAUCCCAAAACAGACUGUUAAAAAGAAUCACAGUUCAUUGAUUAUGAUACUGUACAG